CUCUGGGAAACUUGACAUUUGAGCUUGAGUUUAUAGCUACAUCAGCUCGGCUACUCCUUAUAAUGUCUUAAAACUGCUGAAGUAUUACAUGAGGAUCGGUUGAAAAUGAUAAUCGGUGAAUGCUAAUGCAGGCAAAAGAAAUUGUGUGGUGAAGAAGACUGUAAACGAUGUGGCGAUUCAGACAUGGAUCAACCUUGCUUAGGCAAGACUGAUUGUUCAAUUUGCCAUUCUAGCAAAGGUGUUCUUUGCCGAGGUUGUCUUAAGAACCGAUAUGGUGAAGAAAUGGAGGACGUGAGAGACAAUAAAGAAUGGAUAUGUCCUCAUUGUACUGAACAAAAAGGCAUCAAUCCAUAUUGGAUAUGUAACAGCUCAUUGUGCCUAAAGAAGCGAAAGAUGGCUCCAACUGGGAUUGCCAUAUUCAGAGGUUUGUAUGUUUGUCACUAGUUACUUGAGGUUUUGUUUUGCUCAUAUCUGUUGUUAUGUAGUCUGUGCACUGAGAUUUUUCUAAUUUCUUGUC